GCAAACUCUAUCCUAAUACAAAAGUACAUGUUACUAAAAAAUAACAAUCCCAUUCAUCAAAGACACAGUCUGAAUAGACACUUGAUCGCCACUACCCAACUCUAUUUUCUGGCCAUUUUCCCCAGGGUUUUUACGAGCUUCAACCACCUUUAAUUAUGUGGUCGUGUCCGACAAAGUGUGGUAGUUGCAAAUGAGGCAACUUUCACCCUCAAACUCAACAUGUUUCGUUCAGUGUUUAACAAUCCCCACUUAUAUACCAGGAGUGCUUUAAGAUUACACAGAAACUAUACGAAAAUGUCGGAAAGUCUUACUUUAUACACCUGGGGAACCCCCAAUGGACAAAAGGUGUCCAUUUUCCUAGAAUUAUUAGGAUUGAAGUACAAUGUCAAACCUCUUGAUAUUCUGACCAAUGUGCAAAAAGAACCCGAGUUCUUAGCUAUUAACCCUAAUGGAAGGAUCCCCACGUUGGUUGACUCGUCCACUGGUAUCACCAUCAGUGAGACAGCUGCCAUUAUAACCUACUUGGCAGAUACCUACGACAAGGAGAGAAAGUUCAGUUAUGAGUACGGCACCAAGGAGUACUACAAGCAGUUAGAGCUCACGUACUUCCAGAUGGCUGGAAUUGGCCCCAUGCAAGGACAAGCCCAUUUUUUUAUCAAGUAUUCUAAGGAGGAUCUACCUUUUGCAAAGACUAGGUACAGAGAGGAAACCCGUAGAUUGUACGGGGUUCUUGAAGAUUGGUUGAAGAUAAAUGAGGCCAACGGGCCCUACUUGGUGGGUGACCAUAUUUCAAUUCCCGACAUUUGUACGGUACCUUGGUCACUUAGUUUACCAUCGAUAGGGAUUGAGUUUGAAGAGUUUCCAUUGGUAAAGAAAUGGAUCAAGAAUUUGCUUUCGCAGCCAGAAAUUGUCAAGGGAUUCAACGUUCCUAGUGCACCCAGGUCUUGGCCUGACUUUGUGUAGAUCAGGUGAUUUUUCUAUAGCUCAAUGCAUAUAGUUGG